AUGAUAUCAGAACCAGUAUCAACUAUAAGACAAAGACAGAAUCAGGAUCCAAGUGUCGAUCCAAAACAGGGCCCAGGUCAAGCCUCGCCAAGGGAAAACUAUACAAACUCUGGAGAUAGUAGCAGUCUACUUGCAAGAAGAUUAGCUUACUACCAUGAAUUAGAUGAAUGGCAACAAGAUAACCAUUACAUUAGGUCAGGAUAUGUUAAGGGAACAUCACUGUACUGGGAAAGUUUCAAGUCGUUGGGGUAUUUGCACAAUGAGACUGUCAAUAUUUAUUCUCAUUUGCUACCUUCAAGUAUAUCCUUUUGGGUGAUCUUGUAUUACAUUAAUUUCCAGCUUACCAUAUAUGAUAAUUACUUGGGUAUUUGGGAGAAAUUAAAUUUUGUUCAAUUUGGAUUAGCAUGUACAUUUUGCAUGUUUAUGUCAUCGGUAUUUCACACAUUGAAAUCACAUUCACAUAAAGUCAGUAAAUUUGGUAACCAAUUGGACUACUUUGGAAUCGUGAUUUUAAUCACGUGUUCCUUGAUUUCAAUCAUUUUGUUUGCUUAUUAUGAUGAGCCAUUAGAAAAAUGGAUCUUCGUUGCAUUGACGUUAUUUUUCGGAACUGUAUGUACUGUAUUUACAUUACAUCCAGAAUUCUCCAAAAAUCAUUAUCGACCAUUCAGAUCAACAAUGUUUAUCUUAUUUGGUCUCUCGGGUGCGUUGCCAAUCGUUUAUGGAAUUUAUAAAUUUGGGGUUGAAACUACGCUGGAACGAGCUGGCGUUAAAUGGUUGAUUUUAGAAGGAGUGUUUUAUAUACUGGGUGCCGUUUUGUAUGCAGCUAGGUUUCCGGAAAGAUUGACCCAUGUAGAGGAAGAGGAGCAUCUGUUGUUGCUUAAUCCACAGGCUGGUAAAUUUGACAUUAUUGGUCAUUCACAUCAGAUAUUCCAUGUGUUUGUGGUGAUUGCUGCUUAUUGUCAUUGGUUGGCUUUAGUGCAAUGUUAUCACUACUUGCAUCAACAUAUCUUGGCGUAG